AUGAUGGAUCUCCAUGUAUGGGGCUCAGCCUUUGGCUUGCCGUCCAUUGAUCCCGAGUGUCUUGCUAUCAUCACAUACCUGCAUAGCUCUAGCCCUGCAUCAGACUGGCGCUUGAUUCCUAGCAACGACCCUUCCGUCAGCCCGUCCAAUACACUUCCCGCGCUUCAUCAUGAGGGCGUAUGGGUUUCUGGCUUUGCACCUAUCGUUCAGUACUUGACCGACAAGUCACUUGGCGACAACUUGGACGCUGGCCUAACCCCCCUCCAGCAGGCUGAUCGUGUUGCGUACACUGCCUUCUUGUCUGCCCAUGCUGCUCCCUUGUUGGACCUCUCGCUCUACGUCUCAGCGGCCAACUGGUCAGCUACCACUAGACCUGCCUACAGCACUCUGUUAUCAUUCCCAUUGACAUGGACAGUUCCACCGCUGCUCCGUGCGGAGGCGGUCAAGCGUGUUGAGCAUCUAGGCUUUGCCGAUAUUGAUACCGACUUUGAUCCCAAUGGAAGUCUCCACCUAUCAUCAGGAAGAGAUGCCUUGCCAGAGACUUUCCGCAGACAUAUUCCUGCGCGGACAAAGAAGACAAUCCACGAGGAGAUGACCCCUGAGCAAGCUGUGCUCAUCCGUCUCUAUGGCAUCACAGAAGACUGUCUCUCUGUAAUGGAUGAUCUCCUCAAGGAUGGAUCUGAUGAGAAGGCAUAUGGUUUCUUCAAGGGCACCGAACUCUCAUCUUUGGAUUGUCUAGCCUUUGGCUACCUUGCGCUGAUGCGUGACGCUCCUGUGCCGAGAUCUUUCCUGAAAGACUGGAUCAUGAAGAAAGCCCCGAGGUUGUCCAAGUUCGUUGAUGAUAUCAAGACGAGACAUCUGCAGGAGUCUAGCCCCUUACCCUGGGUUGAAUCAAGUCAAAAUACUGCAUUGCGCAUUGGGAGCCGGACUUUGGAUAGCAUCCUUCACAAUGUCCCUGGACUCGGCGAAGAGUACGCGACUGAAGUACGAAAACGUGCUGAAGGAGGCAUCACCGGCAUCGACAGCAGGUCUCUCAUGCUGGCCCUGAGUCUUCUUGCGACAGGCGCUGCUCUUGGAUAUGGUUACCACACAUACAAGGCCAUGCAGCCUUUUGGAUCAAGGAUACAAGUCUGGCAAUCAUACCAGAACAAAUCCAAGUUGAGCCAGUUUGGUGCCCUUGGUUCCAUGUUGGGCAGCGUGCUGGGAGGACCGGCAGAGGCACCUCGUCCUUCUCACUCGUCGAACCAAGCUCGCUUCGUCGAAACCGAUACGGAAGUCGAUUAA